CCAGGAGAAAAACUUCUUCUCAUUGCUUCUGCUUAUCGUUCUACAACAGUUACCUAUCACAAUGAUUUUGACAAGAGUGGCCGCUUUAAUGUUUUCAGAGAGAAAAGCGGUUUUAAUCUGAGUAUCUCAAAUGCAGAACCAUCUGAUUCAGCAACAUAUUACUGUGUAGCUGCAGAUUAUUCACAAGCUGCAUUAUUAGACUACACAGUUUUAGUCCUCAAAGGUUCAUCUUCAAGUGUCUCUGCUGUUCUCCAGCCUCCUGUAUCAGAUCCUGUUGAACUGGGAGGAGAUACAACUUUGCAGUGUUCAAUACUCACAGAUACGUCUGCAGGAGAACACAGUGUGUACUGGUUCAGACAUAGAUCAGGAGAAUCUCAUCCAGGAAUCAUUUACACUCAUGGAAACAGGAGUGAUGAGUGUAAGAAAAGCUCUGAGACUGAUUCUCCUACACAGAGCUGUGUCUACAAACUCCCCAAGAGAAACCUCAGCCUCUCUGAUGCUGGAACUUACUACUGUGCUGUGCUCACGUGUGGAGAGAUCAUCUUUGGGAAUGGAACUAAACUGGACUUUGCAGGGAAAGGUGUUGUUGAUCCAGCCAUUCUUGGUUUAGCGGCAUCAAACAUCAUAUCCAUGUCUCUGAUUCUAUUUCUGUGCAUAAAGUUACACAACAGCGAUCAUAAAGAUGCUGCUGGAGGUCACACUUUUCAAGUCGAUCAGGCUGAAGACACCGAUGUCUUGAACUAUGCAGCUCUAAGCUUUGCACAAUUGUCCUCCUCAAGAAGAAGCAGAGCAAAGAACAGCAGUGAUCAGCCUGUGUACGCACAGAGAAGCCUCAGCCUCUCUGAUGCUGGAACUUACUACUGUGCUGUGCUCAUGUGUGGAGAGAUCAUCUUUGGGAACGGAACUAAACUGGACUUUGCAGGGCCUCAGCAUACUUCAGACGAAGUUCGCCUGGCUUCAGCGAACGACAUGACCUGA